GGCGGGUCUUGGUCUCGAGUCUCUCGAAGCGUAUAAGAGUCAUAUACAACUGUAGCGUAGCUUCAGAUCUGGUUAUUUCUUCCUUUUUGUCUAGUAACAGCCAUGGCUAUGGAGUUAUUAAGGAGGAGCAGUAGCAGGAUAUCGGAAUCUUCUGGAUCCGCGAUCGCCUUGAUUCUUCUGCUCUUCAUCCAUGGCGCUCACUCUUUCUAUCUCCCUGGUGUUGCUCCUCAGGAUUUCGAGAAGGGUGAUGAGCUGAAGGUGAAAGUGAAUAAAUUAACUUCAAUAAAGACUCAGCUUCCAUACUCGUAUUACUCCCUUCCUUUUAUUCGCCCUAAGAAGAUAGUGGACAGUACUGAGAAUCUUGGAGAAGUGCUUCGGGGUGACCGCAUAGAAAAUGCCCCAUAUACGUUCAAAAUGCGGGAGGCACAAAUGUGCAAUAUUCUCGGCCGAGUCACUCUUGAUGCGAAGACAGCCAAAGCGUUUAAAGAAAAGAUCGAUGAUGAGUACCGAGUCAACAUGAUCCUCGACAACCUUCCUCUGGUGGUUCCAAUUGAAAGAGUGGACCAGGGUUCUCCCUCUGUUGUUUAUCAGCUCGGUUAUCAUGUUGGUCUUAAAGGCCAGUACGAGGGGAGCAAAGAGCAGAAGUUCUUUAUGCACAAUCACUUGUCAUUUAUAGUCCGCUAUCACAGAGAUGUGCAAACUGAUGCUGCAAGAAUCGUGGGAUUUGAGGUCAAACCUUACAGUGUGAAGCAUGAGUAUGAGGGAGAAUGGAGUGAGAAGACCCGUCUCACGACCUGUGAUCCUCACACAAAACGUCUGGUUGUUAGCUCGGCUACCCCUCAAGAAGUUGAACAAAAGAAGGAGAUUAUCUUCACAUAUGAUGUCGAUUUCCAGGAAAGUGAAGUGAAGUGGGCAUCUAGAUGGGAUUCUUAUCUUCUGAUGAGUGAUAACCAAAUUCACUGGUUCUCUAUCGUCAAUUCUCAGAUCUGCUCUGCGUCUACGUUGGUACAGGGGUCCAAUGUUUAGGCAUGGUAUUUGUCACAAUGAUCUUUGCCAUGCUCGGGUUUCUCUCUCCUUCCAAUCGGGGUGGUCUGAUGACUGCAAUGCUCCUGCUCUGGGUCUUCAUGGGUCUCUUCGCUGGUUACGCCUCUUCACGCCUCUACAAAAUGUUCAAAGGAACAGAGUGGAAGAGAAUCGCCUUCAGAACAGCGUUUUUGUUCCCUGCAGUUGUCUCAGCCAUCUUCUUUGUCCUAAACGCUCUCAUCUGGGGACAGAAGUCAUCUGGGGCUGUGCCCUUUGGGACAAUGUUCGCCUUGAUCUUCCUCUGGUUUGGCAUCUCAGUUCCUCUCGUCUUUGUUGGGGGUUACAUCGGGUUCAAGAAGCCAGCGGUUGAUGACCCAGUGAAAACCAACAAAAUCCCGAGGCAAAUCCCAGAGCAAGCUUGGUACAUGAACCCGGUAUUCUCAAUCCUCAUUGGAGGAAUCCUACCGUUUGGUGCAGUGUUCAUCGAGCUCUUCUUCAUCCUUACAUCCAUCUGGCUUAACCAGUUCUACUACAUCUUCGGGUUCCUCUUCCUCGUCUUUGUAAUCCUCAUCGUUACUUGCGCCGAGAUAACCAUAGUACUCUGCUACUUCCAGCUUUGCAGUGAGGACUACCUAUGGUGGUGGAGAUCUUACUUGACAUCAGGCUCAUCAGCUCUUUAUCUCUUCCUCUACGCGACGUUCUACUUUUUCACAAAGCUUCAGAUCACCAAAAUGGUGUCGGCGAUGCUUUACUUUGGGUACAUGCUCAUCGCUUCUUACGCAUUUUUUGUGCUCACUGGAACAAUUGGUUUCUAUGCUUGUCUCUGGUUCACAAGGCUCAUCUAUUCCUCUGUUAAGAUCGAUUAGAGAGGAUUAUGAUGAUUAUCACGGCGAUUAAGGAAGAGAGAAGGAAAGCUGAUUAUAGUUUAUCUUCUUUUUCUUUUUAAAAACGGUUUUGUUGCAAUUUUAGGUUCUAUUUUGUUGCAGAACGAACAAAAAAAAAAGGAUUCUAAUAUAUAUGUAAACGUUUUUAAUAGUGUAUUUUGUUUGAUAUUA